GAAUCUUCCAAGUCCAAAACCCGGCCAUCGGUUGGCCGGUGGCCGUCUGUAUAAAUAGGGGAGCAGUACACAACGCACAUGAGACAAGGAAGGAAAGCAACACAAUUACACAACACUACUGAAAGACACGAAGAAGCAGAGAGAGAGAGGGCAAAUUAAGCUCGAGGUAAGCUAGGAUGGGGUUGCUGCUGCUGCUUCACGUCGUCCUGGCCGCGGCGGCGGCGGGAGCCCCAGCGGCGCAGGCGUGGGGCAAGGAGGGGCACUACAUGACCUGCAAGAUCGCCGACGGUUUCCUGACGAGCGGGGCGUCGGCGGCGGUGAAGGAGCUCCUGCCGUCGUGGGCCAACGGCGAGCUCGCGGAGGUGUGCGCGUGGGCGGACAAGCAGCGCUUCCGGUACCGGUGGUCCAGCCCCCUGCACUUCGCCGACACCCCCGGCGACUGCAACUUCAGCUACGCCAGGGACUGCCACGACACCAAGGGGAACAAGGACGUGUGCGUGGUAGGAGCUAUCAACAACUACACCGCCGCGCUGGAGGACCCCUCCAGCCCGUAUGAUCGGACGGAGAGCCUGAUGUUCCUGGCGCACUUCGUGGGCGACGUGCACCAGCCGCUCCACUGCGGCCACGUGGACGACCUCGGCGGCAACACCAUCAAACUCCGCUGGUACAGGAGGAAGAGCAACCUGCACCACGUGUGGGAUUCAGACGUGAUCACACAGGCCAUGAAGGACUUUUACAACAGGGACCAGGACACCAUGAUCGAGGCCAUCCAGCGCAACAUCACCGAGGUCUGGUCCAGCGAGGAGAAACAGUGGGAGGCGUGCGGCAGCCAAACCAAGAUCACCUGCGCCGAAAAGUACGCCAAGGAGAGCGCAUUGCUGGCCUGCGACGCGUACGAGGGCGUCGAGCAAGGCGACACCUUACGAGACGACUAUUACUUCCGGGCGCUGCCGGUUGUCGAGAAGAGGAUCGCUCAGGGGGGCGUGAGGCUGGCGGUGAUCCUUAACCAGAUCUUCAGUGGGAAGAAUAGUAGGCUGCAGAGCAUCUGAUUGAUAUACUGUAGUAGUAGAAAUUAAGGAAGCGGCUACACAAAAAUCACGAAUUCACGAUUGAAUUUGUUAUCAGUCCACCAAAGCGGCUUAGACUCGCUGCUGCUGCGGCAAAUCAUUUGUAUUUGUAUGUAUGCAUGUAUGUAUCUAUGCAUGCAUAUGGUGUUGUAUUUAUUGACACCAUUGUAUCAUCUUCAUUUCCUCCGUGGGAUAAUACUAGUUAUCUAACCUUCUUGUGAUUGUAA